UAGAUAACCGCCCUGGGACUGACUGGGAUAAGGUGAAGCCAACCUUUCUGCUCCUAAUCACUUGGCUGACGAUUAAGGGGAAGUACCAGACACAAUCUUGAGUCCUGCACGUUUGGUGAACAUGGCUGCUGUCAUUUGGCGGAAGCUGCGCAGAAGAUUCUGCGACUGCCGAGCAUAUUUAAAACCCAGUGGGUGUGGUGAAGUGAGAAAUCCUGAAGAAAGGAUCAAGGGAGUUAACAACAAGCAAGAUGCAAGGUAUGGGCAGAACACCUUCUGCUUGUCCAAGGAUGCCUCUGUGUUAGUGGACUAUAAAGUGAAUUCUGACCCAGCAGCUUACAGCAGCACCAAAAGAAGGCCAAAGCAGAGUGUUCCCAGUGAGAUGGAUGAUUACAGUGAUGCUUUCUCCCUUUUACUGGAAAACAUUCCAUCCAGCGUGGGAAUCAAACAAGUGCGUAAUGCUUACACAGUGAUAUGCUCUCGCCGCCUGUCCAGUGUGAGGAACACUCUGCUGGAGCUGGUCUAUAAUAAAUCUGAUGACGUGCAGUACACUGCUGGUCACUGGCCUGCCAGCUCAAAGCAGAAGCUGGAUACUGACAUUGUAGAGAUCUACGACACGAAAGAAGACCCUCGGGGCUUUCAGAAACUUAGGGAUGCUUACAGGGAUCUCUGUUUCGACAGCUCAGAGCAGGGGGAGCCGCUGUCUGUGGAAGAGGGCCAGAAGAUUCUGCGUGAUGUCUCCUUCCUGAAGAGCAGCCUGACCCCAGAGAACAUUGUGGAUUUUUUUUGCCGGCUCAGCCGGCUGCCGGGUGAGCAGCAUGCAGCGGUAAAGGCCGAUUCUCGGUUUGCAAUGCUCUGCCGGUACAGCGUCGACAAUCAGGCUGCAUUCACGCUGCAGCAGCUCCUCCAGCUUUUCGAGGCAGUGGUCCGCCUCCAGGUUUCCUCAUCUCAGGCGCUGCUGAAGAGCUACGAGUUGGCGUUUUGCCGCCGUGUGUGGGACAUGGGCUUCAGCCAGCUCCUGUUGGUGGCUGACCUGUGGCGCUGCCUGGGGCGUGGAGCACCGCACUACAUGGAGAUCCUGCUGAGCUACACGGCACUGCGGUGGAGGGAGCUGACCAUGCCCCAGCUGGUGCAGCUCCUGUACGUGAUCGGGGAGAACCGCCGGGCCCCUCCCGAGCUGAUGCAGAAGCUGGAGAUGCUGCUGUCCACACAUUUGGAGCAGAUGAACCUGGAGGAAGUGGGAGCAGUCUGCCUGGGCUUCUUCAAGUCCAAGAGCGGGUUUUCUGAGCAGCUCAUGAAACAGAUUGGAGACAAGGUGGCAGCAAGGAUGGGGGAUGUUAGCAAUUAUAGCUUGGUGAAUGUGAUGAAAAUGUUCCGUUACACCCACGUGGAUCACUUGCCUUUCCUACAGCAGCUGGGAGAGGUGGUGCCACAGAGGAUUCCUAGUAUUGGUACACAGGGGGUAAUGCACAUUGUGCUGGCAUGUGCAUCCCUACACUUCCGGGAUGAGCGCCUCCUGGAGGCCGCCGCCUCUAGGUUCCCUUCCAAGGUGCACUACUGCAGGAGCAAAGAUGUCGCCAAGUAUCUGUGGUCUUUCUGCAGUUUAAACUACGAGCCUGAGAACGCUGAGGUAGUCUUCUCCAGCCUGACCGAACAGAUGCAGCGCAAAAUGCAUGAGUUCCAGCGCUUCCCGGAGCACCUCCUCACUGGCCUGCUGGCUCUGGCAUUUACCGGGAGGUUCCCCCACCAUCUCAUUGACAUCGCUCUGAGCCCACCCUUUGUCCAACUGGCGACCGAAGAGAGUCCCUUUGAAUUGAAGAAAGAUCUCUUCACGCUGGACGGCUCAGUGGCCAUUGAGUGCCCCGAUUACAGCGGGCACCGCCUCCCCCUGCAGUUGCAGCAAGAGGUGGCACAGAUGCUGUGGGAUUUUGCCAGGCAGGACAUCUGUGUGAAGCCAGAGGUGCUGGAAGCCGCUAGUUUGCUGCAGGUCAUGCUGGGCGGCCCUCAGUUUGUCAAGAACCAUCUGAUACUGCCUCACACCAGGUCGGCCGACCUUGAGGUGCACUUUGACACCUCGGGUCAGCCACUGCCUCUUCAGGAGGCACUGAAUGAAAAGGCACAGAAACCCAAGCUCAAAUUCAGUGGGAUCCCUGUCACAGACCAACUCAUAUCCCAACUCGCAAAAUGCAGAGCUGGCGGCUCGACAUUAAAAAGUCAGCCUGACCAUGUGACUGAGGGAGAAGGUGAAAGGACCACUCAAAAUGUGCUCAGAACUGGGGUCGAAGGUGGUGUUCGAACAGGGUUGAAUCUAAAGCUGUUUCGAAGUGGAGUGCCCCUAACAGACAGUCUCUUAAACUCAUUAACUGAUACAAAAAUUCCAAUAGAAAGAGCUACCACCCACCCUCAGGGCACAUCAGAGAUUCGAAAACUCGCUAUUCAGAUAACCAACCGCAAUCAAUACUGCUACGGUACCCACAUCCUCCUGGGGUUGCAUAGUAUGAAGAGGAGACAACUAGUUAAAGCUGGCUAUGUGGUAGUAGAGCUGCCCCACUGGGAAUGGUUUCCUUUACUCAAACGAACUCGGUCUGAGAAACUCUCCUAUUUGCAUCAGAAACUCUACAAUUCACUGGAUUGAAUUAGAGGGGGUGCCUUCCAGAGAGUGGACAUGUCUUUUUUUCUUUAAAAGCUAAAUUUAAUUACUGAAUUUAAUACAAUAAAAACAACUUGUUUUUCAUCAAACUCAUUUCACUGAUUUAUGGUGAAAUAUUUGUUUUUUGGGAGCUGCUGCCAGAACAUGUAUUUGAAUUGCACAAUGUAAUUUAGCCUGUCUACCAAUUGAGUCUUGGAUGCAAAUAAUUAGCUGCUCGGUUCCAAUAAAA